AUGGCAAGGUUCUCUGCCGCCGCCCUUGCGGCUCUUCUCGGCGCCGCUUCCGCCUCCAUCGUCGCACGACAGACGGCUGCCACCACCACCACCGACUCGCUUCCGUCGGCCGUCACGGGCUGCGUCUACAAUCCCACCGACGUCGUCUGCAAGCAAGGCACCACCGACUUUCGCCUCUUGGAAACCCCGUCUGGCGCUCAGCCUAGCUCCUUCACAGGAUGCCACAAGCAUGCUACCGACACGUACUGCUUCUACGAUGACGGCGAGGUCCAAAUCACUGCUUUCAACGCCCCGGCUGUCACUGCCGCUACUACAACCGCUGCUGCCGUCACUGGUGCUCCGACUGCCGUGUCUGACUGCCAUCUCCAUGGAGUCACUGUCUUCUGCAUGUGGGGUACCUCUGAGUACCAGGUCAUGACCACGCCUACCAACACGGCCGCCUCCGCCAUCCCUACCGCCUUCACAGACUGCCACGCUCACGGCGCCGACACCUACUGCAUCGCGCCCAACGGUGAUGACGUCGAGAUCGUUGCCGAAGGCGCCGAGUCCUCCGACCACGACCACACCGAAGAGACCCCUCAAGGAGAGAACUGCCACUUCCACGCCGGUGUCGAGCACUGCGUCGGUGCUGGCGAGAGCGAGAGCGGCGGCACGAGGAGCUGCGCGAAGGUCAGCCGCGACUACAACAUCCCUCUUCGUAUCGGCCUCAUCUUCGUAAUCCUCGCCACCAGCGCUUUCGGUGUCUACUUCCCCAUCGUCAUGAUCAAGUGGAUGCCUACCAAGACGCACACUCUCUUCCUCGUCCUCAAGCAGUUUGGUACAGGUAUCAUCAUCUCCACCGCCUUCGUCCACCUCUACACGCAUGCUCAGCUCAUGUUCGGCAACGAGUGCCUGGGUGAUCUCGGCUUCGAAGGAACGACGUCCGCUAUCGUUAUGGCCGGUAUCUUUCUCUCCUUCCUGGUCGAGUACGUCGGCAAGCGCAUUGUCAUGGCCAAGAUGGCCGCCAACCCGACCACCGUCUCCAGACUCUCUCCCGAGACCGUCACCGUCUUGGUCCUCGAGUGCGGUAUCAUCUUCCACUCCAUCCUCAUUGGUAUCACACUUGUCGUCGCCGGAGACUCCUUCUUCCUAACUCUUUUCGUCGUCAUCAUCUUCCACCAGAUGUUUGAAGGCAUCGCCCUCGGAACCCGCAUCGCCCAGCUGGGACAGCGCACCCCCGCCGAAAUGGCCGAGCGCCCCGUCGAAGUCGAGCAGACCUCCUCCACUCCCGACAGCCUCAACUCCCUCAAGGCACCCUCCUUCUCCCUCGUCAAGAAGCUCCUCCUCGCCACCCCCUUCGCCCUCGUCACCCCCAUCGGCAUGGCCAUCGGCAUCGGUGUUCUCUCUCGAUUCAACGGCAACGACCGCGAUACCAUCCUCGCCAUCGGGACACUCGAUGCUCUGUCCGCCGGCAUUCUCAUCUGGGUCGGUCUUGUGGAGAUGUGGGCCGAGGACUGGAUGCACCACGACGCCGAGCUCCUCCGCACCAGCCCCAUCGUCACCUUCCUCGCUGGCUUCGGUCUGGUGGCCGGUAUGAUCAUCAUGAGCGUGCUCGGCAAAUGGGCUUAG